CUACUUUCUUGUCUGGCUUUGAGAUGUCACAGGUGUGGAGUUUGGGUCUGCUCUGCUUCCUCAUUGGCGCAUCAUAUGCGGCAGAGGUCUGUUUUAAUGACCUGGGCUGCUUUGAUGACCUUCCUCCCUGGGGGGGCACUGCUCAGAGACCAGCUUCCAUCUUACCCUGGCAGCCUGAGAAGAUUGGCACCCGCUUCCUCCUCUUUACCCAGAAGAACCGCUACUACCAGGAGAUUAAGACUGACCAAACCAUUCAGGCAUCAAACUACAGUGGGAUGAGAAAGACUCGAUUCAUCAUUCCUGGUUAUUUGAAAAAAAGAGAUGAGGACUGGCCACAGGAGAUGUGUAAGGUUAUGGUAAAGUGGGAGAAUGUGAACUGCAUUGCUGUGGAGUGGAAGAAAGGUGUGAAGACUCAGUAUGCCCAGGCUGCCAAUAAUGCCAGGGUGGUGUCUGCUCAGGUGGCAUCCAUGAUCACAUUCCUCAUGGGCAACUACAAGCAGAAUGCUGAUAAGUUCCAUAUUAUCGGACACAGCCUCGGCGCUCACGCUGCAGGAGAUGCUGGAAGCAGGAUCACUGGCCUUGCACGCAUCACAGGACUGGACCCAGCUGAACCUUACUUCCAGGACACUAAUGCCUCUGUGAGUCUGGACACCAGCGACGCCACCUUUGUGGAUGUCAUUCACAGCGAUGGACUUCCUUUCAAUUCCAAACUUGGUCUGGGGAUGUCACAGUCUGUGGGCCACAUUGACUUCUACCCCAACGGAGGAGAGCUGAUGCCCGGCUGCUCCGUCAACAAAGGGAAUCCCACUGACUUGGAUGCCAUCUGGGAGGGUACCAUGAAGUUUGAUGCAUGCAACCAUGUCCGAGCCUACCAGUACUACAGCGAGAGUGUGGUUAAACCCCAAGGUUUUGUAGGAUUCCCCUGCUCUGACAAGGACAGUUUUGCUGCUGGAAAGUGUUUCCCAUGUGCAGACAACAAAUGUCCUCUGAUGGGCCACCAUGCUGACAAGUUCACUGUGACUGAUGGCAUUUCGAAGACAAAGUUCUUCCUCAACACAGGCAGUUCAAAACCCUUUGGCUGUUACAGCUACAGAGUGAUGCUAACCCUGGAUGGUCCUCGCUGGCCUAACCCAGGCAGCAUGUAUGUAGCAUUCGUUGGAGACAAUGACAGCACCAAGGAGUACCAGCUUUAUGUGGGUAAACUGGUAGCUGGCUGGACCUAUGAGGUGCUGAUCAACACUGAGGUAGACUUGGUUGAUGUGACAGAGGUGAAGUUUCGGUGGAACAACUACAUCUUUAACCCCAUGAAACCCAAGUACGGUGCAUCCAAGGUGGAGCUGCAGAGAGGAAAAGACCAGAAGAUUGUCUUAUUCUGUGGAACAGAGAACGUGGUGGAAAAUGCGAUCCAGUCUGUGCUUCCAUGCCAAGCUUAGCUAGCCAAAAUAUGACAAAUCAGUGUCACAUGGGGUCUUUCAAUAAAGAUUUUUGCAUUCAAACCUCUUCA